CAGCUAAAUUAAAUAUGGCAAAUUCUAACACAUCCUACAGACAAAUGGCACAAACGAAUAACAACAACAACACCGGCAGCAGCAGCAGCGGCAGCAGUGGGACUGCAGUGGCUGCUACAGCCUCUUCAUCAACAACUACAGUGACAAAUAAAUUAAAAACGGCUACAACUGCCAGCAGUGUUGGCCUUAGCCAAAUAGCCGAACAAAAAUCGCUAGCACACCCAGCCAAGGAGUCCUCUUCACCAACCUCAACCAACGAUGGCCUAACAAUCAGUGACACCAACAAUGUGAUAAGCACCUCACAGCAGUGCGAUAGCAGCAGUGUCAGCACUACAUCGAGUGACCAUCAUAGCUCCUCGGUUAAAAAUGAAUCUUGUGAUACAGUGAUAAAGACUGAAUUGGAGUCCAGUGAAAGUGGCCCCACAGAGACUGCCAAUGAUCUGCAAUUGUCCGCCAUGAAACACCGACCCAUACUGUUGAGCUCCAUGAAUGCGCACAUUAUAUGUGGCCUGUGUUUUGGCUACUUGAUAGAUGCCACCACUAUUGUGGAAUGUUUGCAUUCGUUUUGUCACAGUUGUUUGAUCAAACAUUUACGCACCGAACAAUAUUGUCCACGCUGUGAAAUGAUGAUUAAUACAGCAAAGCCAAAUAUUAAGCCAGACACCACAUUGCAGGCUAUUGUUUAUAAGCUUGUACCCGGUCUUUAUGAAAAGGAAUUGAUGCGAAAGCGAGCCUUCUACAAGGAUCGUCCCGAGGAAGCGGCCUUGGCCUCACCCGAGCAGAGAGGCGAUGAUACCGAGCACUUGAUAUUUAGUCCCUCGGAUUAUAUGUCCAUUUCUUUGGAAUAUGCAGACACAGAAGAGCUUACAAACUCCAAUGCCGAGUAUGCUGAGCUAUUAAAACCCCGCUACCUUAAGUGUCCAGCCAUGUGCACGGUGGCCCACUUAAAGAAGCUGGUCUAUGGUAAAUUCGAAAUUAAUGCCAAUCGCUUCACCAUAGACAUCAUGUACAAGGUCAAGACCAUAAUACUGCUCGACCAUUACACUCUAAUGGAUGUGGCCUACAUUUACACCUGGAAGCGAGAUGCUCCCAUGCGUUUUUACUUCCGCGUCAAGCAAUCCCUCAAGCCAGCCAUCAAGGUGAGGAAGCACAUUGUACCUAAGGCCAAGAAGGAGUUGAGUCCCAUAGAAGAAGAAGAAGAACCCCAGGCUAUAAAAAUGCUAGCCCAGCCCAUGUGCAUUGUACACGAACCCACGCCUUCCAUUAAAGCACCUGCAGACACAAAAAUAUUGGAACCUGAAGAAAUUAAACAGGAAAAUGAGGCCGAAGUCUCCUCGACCACGGAAACACCGCCCAUUCCCAGCACCGAGGAGCCUAAACAGUUUGAAAUUGUCCAGCCCCAAAGUCCUUCGAUUAGUUCACAAGAGAACGAGAAGCUCAAAAUUACCAUUGUCAAUAAGGCAGCCAAAGAGAAGUCGCAUCAUAAUGACUCAAAGGGCUCUGCUAAACCCCCAAAGGAGAAGCGUGAGUCGCAUAAGACCUCACCCUCCACGUGUGUACCCAAAGAUGAGCGCAAGGUGGAGAAUAUCAAACUGAAAAUUGAUCUCUCCAAGCAGAACAGUGUAACAAUAAUCAACAUGUCCGACCCUCAACGCAAGGAAAUCGUCAAGCCCGUUAGGCCUGAAAAAGAGUGGAAGGUUACCAAGUCCAAAAAGGAAAAGGACAGCAGCCCUAAGUCGUCGCCCAAGUCAUCGCCUCAUAGUGAUCGCAAGAGCAAGACGCCCAGUCCCUUGACAGUGCCUCCUCUUACCAUAAAGGCGGAACGCAUAAGCCCUUUGGCCAAACUGAGUUCUCCGGCGACACCUACUUCCUCCACCUCACCCGAGGCUCCGGAAGAAGAUCAAAAGUCGCAAUUCCUAAAAUCGUUUGCUCUUACGCCCAUAAAAAAUGCCAAAACUGAUAAGCAGGACCCUCUGGGCCUUCUUUCCAAAGAUGUAACCUUGUCUGUGGUGCCGAAAACAUCCACUAAAGAUCAGUCCUCGUCCUCAUCGUCGUCCUCGAAACGCAAGAACAAAGAACCCCUCAAGGCUGUCAUCAAGAAACCCAAAUUGUCACCUCCUUUGGCCACAGAGGAUUUCAAAAUUAAGUUGCCUCUCAUACCCAAUAGCACCUCUAAGCAUGCCCCAGCGCCUGCCACUGUCUCCUCAGGCGCCAACAAUGACACUAAGAAGUCCCUGAUGCCUCCACCAGCUCCUUUGGCUGCAAUGAAACCCCCUUCCUCACUGAUAAAGAAACCUGGCAAACUGCAGCAGUCCAAGGUUUCUGCCGCUCCUCCUGGCUCUCUGACACCCCAUCCAAUGCACAACAAUGUGCAGUUGGCGGCGCCUGGUAGUCGCACCCCCAUUGCUAAGAGAUAUCAACCAAUUUUGCCAAAGGCGGCCCGACCCAAUCCUUUUGCCAACAUUCCCAGCGAUGUUAACAAGAUCCUGAAAGACGCUGGCACCGAGAUUAAGACCAUACCAAAUGAGCCGGUUUCAAGCAAGGUGUAUGGACCCAAAAGUGAGGCAACCAAUAAUGCCCUCAUGGGUCCACCUACCAUGGCAGCGCCACCCACCAAGAUUCCCAGCAGUUCUGCGUCCAGUAACCGCAACAAUGGCACUUCAUCCAAGUCGAACUCCAACAAGAACAACAGCUACCUAAAUUUGGCUCUGUUCAAUGCUUCCAAGUCCAAGGGUAAUGAGGUUCCUCCUGGCUGUCGAACACCCAUGUAUACGCCCAAUUCACCCAUCUACUCGCCGAGUUCGCCGCAAUAUGUGCCCAAUUACAAUAUACCCACCAUGCCCACUUACAAAUAUACUCCGAAGCCUUCCAACUCGAACAACUCGUACCUGCAAAGUGUUUUGGGCUCCAAUAACCAGAUGUCCAGCCUGUUUCCCAGCCCCCCGGUGAAGAAGGACAAUAGCGCCAAUGCAAAUAAUAACAACAACAACAACAACGCUUCCAAUACUUCCUCCAAUCGUCCAGAACACCAAGCACCAGCUAAGCGUGUGUAUCCAUUUGCUCGCAGUCCCAGCCCAAGCGAAGAUCCUCCAGAGAAACAGCUGAAGGUCAAGUCCUUGCUCAACUCAUGCAACAUAAACAUUCCCUCUUCGCUCUCCAUAACAAUCACCCGAGAAGAUGGCGAAUCCUCGGCUAACGGCUCCGUGCAUCAGAAGCACAAAAGUCCGGUGAACAAUUACAUAGAGAUUUUGAAACUUCCCGAUCAGACCCCCGACAGCAGUGAGAAUAACAAACGCUCCUCACCUCCAGCAGCCAGUUCAUUGUUUCCCAAUCCACCGGUGAAGCGUAUGGCCACCCCCCCACUGAAUGUCAACAAACCAGCAGCCAGCAACGUCAAUCAAGCAGGCAGCAUGCAAAAGCUUCCUACUACCACAUCAAAUCAAACACCACCUAACCCAGUUGGCAAUGCCAAGACCACAACAAACCAACUGUCAUCCACAAAUCUGAAUAUGAUGAACGUCAAGGGCAAUGGCAUGAAUAAACCGCUGACCAACAACAGCAAACCUCCAACUACCAACAAAUCACCGGUGGCAGCAGCUGGUGGCCCCGAAAAGAAGGCAACUCCAAGUCCGGAGAAAAGACUGAAUACCAGCCCAUCUGAACAAAAGUCGCCCAAAUCGCCAAAUGGUGAUGGAACUGGCAGCAAAAAAUUCCGCCACAUCUUGCCUCGCCAGAUACCGGGCCCCAUGCCCGAAAUCAAUGUGCCCAACAAGCAGAAUGGCAAUGUCAUAGGCACCUACGCGGCCCCCAAUGGAGUCAACGUCAAGAUACAUUCCAACAAGAAAGUGCAGCCCAGCAAAAAGUCGCCGGCUGCACAACAAUUGGCGCCCACACACCAUCAGCCCCAGCAACCAGGUGUUGCUGGAGGCAAUUUGAAGCAGCCUCCUCAACAGUCACCCACAGGCAAAUCCCAAGCGCAGAUUAAGCCGCCAACGAAAUCUCCCCAAGGAGGCAGCAGAGCUGGCAAAACAAAUGCCACUCAGGCGGCAGUAGCAGCAGCUGCGGCUGCCGCAGCGGUGGCAGCGAAUGCCGCCAGCAAACUGAAUACCCCCCCAAGCAGCAUACCAACGCUGCCACCUGUCAUGCCACAUCCCAUGCAAGGCAUGUUGCCACCCCACUUGGGAGCAGCUGCUGCGGCGGCCAAUCAAAAUGAGCUGAGCAAAUUCAUCAAGGAGAAUUUGUUACGCGCCCAAGUGCAGGCGGCCGUGGCAAAUCAACCCAACAUUUUUUACCCCUAUGCCGCCAAUGCGGCUGCUGCCGCCCAAUUGAGCCAAUUCAACCCGGCCAUGUACAACUACCAGCAGGCCUACAUCAUGGACCAGUUGUCCCGCAUGCAGAGAGCCGGCAAUGAUGCCUUCAACGAGUACAUGCAAAAGCUAAAGAACAGCAUGGAAAUGCAAAAGACUGCGGCAGAGGGCAGCAAGGCUGGCGAAACGAAGCCUCUGCAGAAACCUGCCACUAGUCCCAAGUCCUUGGCCCACAGUCCCUCAUCCUCGGUGAGCACGAAUAUGCAUGCCAAGGAGCCUCUUGUAACCAAGACCAAGUAAAUUGAAGCUAUAGAUUUGGAGUCUGCCCCAAACAGGAAUCAAAUUCCUGGACAGUUCCAAGUACAUGAAGAAAAUCUGUUUGUUUCCUUAACUUUAUAAGUACUCCAUAAGUGUUAUUUAUUUGACUCAGUUUUCAUUUUAUUUUCGUUUUUUCUCAUCACCCUGCCAUCCAAAAGUCAUUCACCCCUCAUGCUCAUGAAACGACUUGUUUUUUGUUGCUUUCCCCUGUUUUGGUUGCCAAGGAAACUGGCCUCGUUUAUCCCUCUAGAAUCUAAGAUGACCGACCCUAUGUUUUUUAGCAUUUUUAUUAUGAGCUAAUUUAAGACAGAGUCGAUGUAGUUGCUUAACUUUAAUCCCUUUAUUCAGUGUCGUUUGUGUUAGAAAAUACUUAAAAAAAAAAAACAAAAACAAAACUCAAAGUAUUAUUGUAUUGUAAAUAUAUGUAAGAAUCGAUUAAAUGAAACGAUGGGCUUCACACCCAUCACUGUAUUAAAACCAUGUACAAAUUGUAAAAACUUCGAAUAAUUUAAAUUAUAAACAUCUCUAUUGUAUUGUGUACAUUUUUUUUUUUGUUUUAAGCAGAAACUGAAAAGUUAAAUAAAAACCCAACACACAUUUUUACCAGAA